UGCUUUUAUACGGACUUUAAACUACAAACAGAUUAUUCUUUCUUGUGGCAUAAAAUAAAGGCAGGUAUCAAGUCAUGGCUCGUUUAAGACUAGAACAAGUCACUGGAAACAAGAUAAUGUUAAGUCAAGUUUUAAGUCAGUCGAGACAAGUCCAAGUAAAGUCUCAAGUCAUGCUAGCCAAGUCUCACAGUAAGUCACUAGUCCCUGAGGGCAGGUUCAAGUAGAGAUGCAAGUCUUUCAUUAAAGUGACAUGGCAUUUAAACAUUUCCCUUUCAAAGUUCUUAACAAAGGUUUUAAACAUCUGACAACAAAUUCUUUCAAUAUAGACACUUAUUCAUCAAACAUUCAGUGUGUGGAUAUGCAAGUUCCUUCCCUGUGGAGCGUCACUUGUUAUUAACAGGUCAAAACUUGAGACCUGAAUGUUUUUGCUUUUUGAGUCUCAUGUCACGUCUCAAACCUUUUUUGUGACUUUCAUCUGACUCUGCAAGUCUCAAGUCAACAGCUGUUGGUGUGUGUGUGCGUGUGAGAAUGUGUGUUUGUGUGUAAAAAAGAGAGAGAAUUUGAGUGUGUGUCUGUGUUUCCUGUAUUGUGUAUGCUGAUGUCUUUAACCCAGGUUAGAUGUCAUUUCCUCUCUUCAGGUCAGCCAAAUCCUUUAACUUCCCACACACACACGCACAAAAGAAAAACACUUCUCACUCUGCUUCAUACUCUUGAAAACACAAAUGCUCACAAAGUAUAACAGUUUGUUCAUCCACAUAAACAGUUCUUCACACAGGUUUCUUUCUCUCUCUCACACACACACACACACAACUUUCUGAGGGAGGUGUAGGGAGGGGGAGGACAGGAGUGUUUCACAAAUUACAUGCAGACUUUUUGCAUCAAGUGUCAGCCCCCCCCUUGCCUCCUCUUCCUCCUCCUCCUCCUCCUCCUCCUCCUCCUUCCUCACUUUACUGAACUCUUAAGUCAAACACACCCUCUGCAUGAGCCGUGACGGACCAGACGCUGCCCACAUGGGUUAGAAACUCUCCAGAAACGCAGGUUUUUUUUUUCAGUGGGAAUAUGUAACUGUUGAAUGCAUGGAAUAUGGCUCAGACCCCAGCGGUAAAAACUCCACUGCGGAGAUCCUUCAGCGAGCACGUGAAAGACUCUACCAACAAGGCUUGGGAUGUCUUCUGGAGGAGUGUGAGGGAGCGGCGGCUGUGGGAGAUUGAAGCCAAGGAGGCCUGUGAUUGGCUGCGAGCGGCCGGCUUCCCUCAGUAUGUGCAAUUAUUCAAAGACUGCAGGUUCCCCAUCGACAUCGAGUGGGCGAAGCGUGAUCACCACUUCCUGGAUAAGGAUGCUCUGGAUUCGCUCUGCAGGAGAUUAAGCACUUUAAACAAAUGUGUGGAAAUGAGGCUGGAGCUGCGGAGAUCAAAACGCAGGGGAGACGACUGUGACGAGGAGGACUUCUGCGCCAUCAGCCCCAGCUGGACCUACGACAGGCGGACGCGACGAUGGCGACGCCACGACUCCACGAUGGACUUCCUUCGCUUGUCUGACAGCCCUACUACACCUCAGGAUGUGUCUCUGGGUGACGUCAGCGACCACCAUGACGUCUCCUCCAUCCAUAGCCUCAGCAGCACUGAGAGCGAAGGCCACGACGGACGACCCCACAAGAGUCACAGAGAACCCACUCCCAUCACGACCACCGCCUCCGCAGCUGCCACCGCCAGCACCACAGACGACCAGGAGACCAGCAGGAGCUCCUCCCGCUGCUCCUCCACAAACAAGACCCUGUCCCUGGACAACUCGUUCAGUGGACCCCCUUCCCCUGGUGGAAGUGGUGGAGGAUCGUCCACCAUGAGUCUGGAGGCCGACGGCUGCUUUCCAGAUAAACCGCCCAGGAAAAAGGGCACCAGUCUGCUGAGGAAGAUGGAGAAACUGCGGCUGAGAGGGACGACCGGCCUCCUCGUCUCUGGCGGCAGCAACACAGAAAGUCGGGCCCGGCGCGUUAUCAGCGGGCCGGUUCAGGUCCAGGAGGGGCCCAUGGAGGAGGAGAGGAUGGACAGGCUGCACUGCCCUUCAAGUCUGCAGGGUCGACCCAACAGCCGAGCGUCUUCAUCGCCCUCGUCUCCUCACACCAUCAGCAGCAGCAGCAGCAGCAACAGCCACUCAGAGAGCAGCAGCACCGUUAGCACGCCCAGCCCGGUCACACGGGUCAGGAGUAACUGCAAACGCUCCAAUAGCGCUGUCGGGGUCAGCGGUGGAACGACAAGGAACAACCAGAACCACCAGAACCACACGGGCACAGAGGACUACAGGAACCAGAUCAACAACAACAACAACAGCAGCAGCCAUGAGAGUCUGGUCUUCCAGAUCCCCCACGGACACAAACCGGGGACCUUCCCCACCUCCCUCGCUCACAAACACGCCAUCCUGUCCCCCAUCAUCGACAACACGUCCGUCAACUGGAGGACGGGGAGCUUCCAUGGUUACCGGGGGCGACACAGUUGCCGCCACGGCACGUCGUCGCUCGCUACGAGUGACCAGGCCACCUCGUCUUCUUCUUCCGGUGACGUCGGCGUCCCGAGCCCGCUCGCCGCGCUGGAUCACCGGCUGAGCGUCUAUGACAACGUGCCUGAUGACCAGCAGCUGUCUGAAAGUGAAGGCGGCAGCGGCGGGAGUGGCAGCGAUGCAGAACGGACGAGUGAAGAGUCAGAGGUGAGUCGGCUGUUGGAAGGUGAGGACGUUUUCUCGGCUUUGGACAGUGUUUUGGAGAGGAUCAGCGACCUCCAACAACUGGUCUCCUCCUGGACUGAAAAUCUAUCCGAGGACGACUGUCAGAGAGGUUCCUCCGCUUCCUCUUCUUCCUCCCAGGUCUCACCUGCACACGGCUCCUCAGCCGCUUCCCCCUGCCCAUCCUCCCCCAGUCACAUCCACCUGGAGGUACGGCAACCGGAGGAGACUGAGGAGACUGAGGAGACGGAGGAGACGGAGGAGACGGAGGAGGAGGAGAGCUGUGAAAAGCUACCGGUGAACGGAGAAGAGCCAAAAACCAGAUCACCACAACCUAGGAGCAGCAGAGUGAGCCAGCAGCUGCACUGGUCCAGUGAGCAGAGCUUGCCCUCCCUGCCUACCAGUCCAGGAGUGGAGAACCAGUCUGUCUCCCAGUUCCUUCUGCUGCAGAAACUCUCCCUGCUCAAACUCACCGCUCUGAUGGAUAAAUACUCCCCAUCCAGCAAGCAGGGCUGGAACUGGACUGUUCCUAAACCGCUGAGGAAGACCAAGGUGACGGAGGUGAAAGCCCGUAGGGUUUUCGGGGUUCCUCUGCUCCACAGCGUCCAGCAGACGGGCGAGCCGCUUCCUCCCAGCAUCCUCAGAGCCCUGGUCUACCUGAAGACCGAGUGUUUGGACCAGGUGGGUCUUUUCCGGAAGUCGGGGGUGAAGUCUCGUAUCCAGUACCUCCGUGAGCUGGUGGAGUGUGACCCAGGCGGCAUCUCGUACGACGGUCAGUCUGCUUUCGACGUGGCCGACAUGGUGAAGCAGUACUUCAGAGACCUGCCCGAACCCGUCUUCACCUGCAAACUCUGCGAGUCCUUCCUCCACAUUUACCAAUAUUUUCCCAAAGAUCAGCAGCUGGUCGCGGCUCAGGCUGCUAUCUUGCUGCUUCCUGACGAGAACAGGGAGGCGCUGCGAACGCUGCUCUUCUUCCUGCGGGACGUGGUGGCCUGCGUGGACGAGAACCAGAUGACUCCCACCAACAUCGCCGUCUGCCUGGCGCCGUCGCUUUUCCACCUCAACACCCUGAAGAGAGACGCCAACGCACCCAGGUCACACAGGAAGUACAGCCUGGGUCGUCCGGACCAGCGGGACCUGAGUGAGAAUCUGGCCGCCACUCAGGGCCUGGCCAACAUGAUCACCGAGGCCCAGCGACUCUUUGAGCUCCCAGAGUUUUGGCCCGGUCAGAGUUUGAGUGCUGCAGGCCCGACUGAGGACUCCCUCUCUGAGGAGGGAGGAGGCCCGGUGUCCCCAGGUCAGACUGGAGGCGAGGAGGAGCAGGAGGAGAGGAGGAUCAAGCUGCAGCAGAGCACCGAGCACCUACUGAAGGAGGCCAGGGAGAAGAGUCGAGGCUGGGAGAGCCACCCAGCUCCAGAGCACGUGGAGCUGGCCUUCAAGAAGAUGGACGACGGAUGCCCGCUGUGGAUGUGGCAAGGCUCGGUGGAGGUGGAUGCCCCCCAGAAGGAGCUGCUCCACCGGCUGCUGAGGGAGCAGGAGCUGUGGGAGGGCAGCCUGCGCCAGGCCGCUGUCAUUCAGACCUUGUCCAAGGCCACAGAAAUCUACCGCUACCUCCUCCAGGGCCAGGGCCACGGCCUGGGCUACCGGCCCCCCGAGGAACACCUGCUGCUCAGGACCUGGCAGGCAGACCCAUCCUCCGGCCCGCUGUACCUGUCCUCUGUAUCCACAGAGCACCCUGAGGUCCCGGUGGAGGGGGUCAGGGCCCUCGUCCACUCCUGCCUCUACCUGCUGGAGCCCACAGGAGCCAGGAAGACCCGGCUGACGCACCUCAGUCGAACCGACACCAGGGGUCGGUCGCAGGAGUGGCACAGCAGAGUGAGCGGACAUCUCCUGGCCUCUCGUCUCCUGGCGAUCAAGGAUUCCUUCAAGGCCGAAUACAAAGAGACCAAGAUAUGAGUCGAUGCAGAAGCUGAAGCUGAGGACUGAGGGAUGAUUUUUUUUUUUUUGCACUAAUAAAGUAGCACUCACUCCUCCUCCUCCUCCUCCUCCUCCUCCUCCUCCUCAACAGCAGAACUUUCUCUUGAAGUUUUUAAAAGUGAAAGUCGCGGCCCACAGCGCAGCGAGCAGGGAAGGUGAACUUUUGAGGGGCCUCCCUACAUCGUUCGUUUCUUUCUGGAGUUGCCGCACGUGUCAGUGACCUUGCAGAUUGCCGGCAGCACCCCCCUCUGCUGCUCCCCUGCUGCGUCUGUUACGCUUCACACUCAAAUUCACAACCAAAAAAAAAAAAAAAAAAGCAGCAAACGACGGCGGAGCUUUCACAAAGAACGUUUUUAAUAAGAGGGUGAAGAGCGGAGGCCUGAUGUGACUUCUAACUGAGGGGAGAUGAAGCUAAGUGUGCGAUGAAAUUUGAUAUCUCGCCUCAAUUCUGUGCCUGAAAUCUGUUAUUAAGAGAGAAAGAAAUGUAAGGUGAAAGAGUCAUCGUUCUCAAUAAAAUCCUUUCCUGCAGCGAGAGAAAGGUGCGGGGGUGGCGGGAGGUGGCGAGGGGUGGCGAGGG